GGCGCGGGCCGCCAGGACCCCGGGACCCCCGCCCCGCCGAGCUCCCGCCGAGCCCGCCGAGCCCCCGUCAGGGCCCGGGAGACUACCCGAGGGGCAGGACGAGACCCCGCCGGUGGCCGAGCCCAGACCCCUGCCCCGGGCCAGCCCUGCCCAUCACCCCCGCACCCCCGGUUAGGCCGCGAUCAGGCCUGGACCAUGUCCGCAGCCACCGCUCCGGACUCAGACCCCAACGGCAGGCUGAGACCCCGCAGGCCUGGCACCCGCCCCUUGCAAGUCCCCAACUCCAGACCCCGCGGGGCCCGCGACGCCCUCCCUCGGCCCCGCCCCUCCGGUCCGCGACCUCACCGCAUCCCUGUCCCGCACCCACUCGGCCUGCGAGAGACUGGCGUGCAGAUGGGCCUCUGAUCCCUGGAUGCCUGCGGGCCUGGGCCCUCAUGGUCACCUUCCCUGUCCCCGCCUCACAAGAACCAGGAGGGAGCCGUGGACUUGCUGCGGGAGCUGAAGGCCAUGCCGGUCACGCUGCACCUGCUUCAGUCCACCCGGGUCGGCAUGUCCGUCAACGCCCUGCGGAAGCAGAGCUCGGAUGAGGAGGUCAUCGCACUGGCCAAGUCGCUCAUCAAGUCCUGGAAGAAGCUCCUGGAUGCUUCAGAUGCCAAAGCCAGGGACCGGAGGAGGGGCGGGCCUCUGCCCACACCUUCCUGCAAGGAGGGCUCCGAGGCCAAGGACUCCAGGGUCCUGUCUCUCUCCAGCCGCAAGAGGCUGGAGCUGCCCAGGGUGCUGCCGGCCCCGAGGAUGACCACGUUCCCCCCGGUGCCGGUCACCUGCGACGCCGUGCGGAACAAGUGCCGGGAGAUGCUGACGGCCGCCCUGCAGACGGACCGUGACCAUGCAGCCAUCAGCGCGGACUGCGAGAGCCUGUCGGCCCAGAUCGAGGAGUGCAUCUUCCGGGACGUGGGGAACACGGACAUGAAGUACAAGAACCGUGUGCGGAGCCGCAUCGCCAACCUCAAGGACGCCAAGAACCCGGACCUGCGCCGCAACGUGCUGUGCGGCACCAUCACGCCCCAGCAGAUCGCGGUGAUGACGUCGGAGGAGAUGGCCAGUGACGAGCUGAAGGAGAUCCGCAAGGCCAUGACCAAGGAGGCCAUCCGAGAGCACCAGAUGGCCCGCACGGGGGGCACCCAGACAGACCUGUUCACCUGCAGCAAGUGCAGGAAGAAGAACUGCACCUACACGCAGGUGCAGACCCGCAGCUCCGACGAGCCGAUGACCACGUUUGUUGUCUGCAAUGAGUGUGGGAACCGCUGGAAGGUGCGUGGGAGCCCGCCCUCCCUCUGGGGGCCUCUCUGGCCCGGGUGCUGUGUCCCCCAUUCCUUGUAGUUCUGCUGAGCCCUCAUGCAGAUGUGCCUGCAGUGGCGGCCAGCGCUGGCCGUCCCCUCCUCGCCUCCUGUGGACACAGCCUCUCUGGAGCCCUGCCUGUGCCUUCCUGGCUGUGCCCAGAAGGCAGACGUCCGCCCCCCAUCUGCAGCGCACCUUUCUCCAAACUAUUAAAGUUUCUUUUUGCCACCA